CACCAAUGUUUGGCCGGUCCAAGGUGCAAGAGCUCACGAAGAAGCCGUCGAGCAUCACGGUGGGGAAGCCGGCGCUGGCCAAGAAGGCGACCGACGGACCGCGGAAGCCCGUCCACGCGCUCGGGGUCGAUGCCAUGCACCUCCAGCCUGGCGCGCGGGUGUGGGUCCCGGACAGCAAGGAGCUCUGGCGUGUCGGCGAGAUCGAGACGCUUCUGCCCGAUGGCAGCGCCAACGUCUUCGUCCCCGACAGCCCUGACGACAAGCACCAGGUCGUGGCGACGGCAGCGAUGCUCGCGUUUGACCCGUCGCACUUGGUGGACCACACGGACAUUGCGCAGAUGAACAAUAUGCACGAAGCGCCACUGCUGAGCGUGCUCCACCGGCGGUACCUCGCAGACGCGAUCUACACGUUCACGACCGACAUCUUGAUCUCGGUCAACCCGUACAAGAGCAUUCCGCUGCUGUACGACGUCAUGGGCUUUAUGGAAGCCACCAAGUCGCAAGCCGACUGCGAGAUCAAGAAGCCCCAUUUGUUUACGAUCGCCGAAAAGGCCUACCGGGACAUGCGCAACGCGCGGUGUGGCGAGACGAACCCGCAGUCGAUCGUUGUGAGCGGCGAGAGCGGUGCGGGCAAGACCGAAGCGUCCAAGCACAUUAUGAAGUACCUCGCGGUUGCGAGCAAGCUGGCCGAGGGUGGAAAGACGUCCAAAGCCGACGCGUCGCUGCACGAGAAGAUCGAGGAGUGCGUCCUCCUCUCCAACCACGUCCUCGAGUCGUUUGGGAACGCCAAGACGUCGCGCAACGACAACAGCAGUCGCUUUGGCAAGUACAUUCAGAUCCUCUACAACGGCGACGGGCGCAUGAACGGCGUUGCCAUCAAACACUUUUUGCUCGAGAAGACGCGGAUCGUGGCGCCCGAGACUAACGAACGCAACUACCACGUCUUUUACCAGAUGCUUGCCGGCUUGGAUGCGAACGAACGGGCCGCGCUCGAGCUCCAGGAUGCAGCCCACUACAACUUUUUGACGUACGGCAACUGCCUCGAGAUCGACGGCGUCGACGAUGCGAGCGACUUUCGUGUGCUGCGCGCGUCGAUGACGCAGCUCGGCUUUGCGCCGUCGACGCAACAAGAGAUCUUUCAGGUGCUCGCGGGUGUCCUCAAGCUCGGGAAUGCGCGGUUUUCCCUUCGCGCCGACGACCGCGAAGCGUGCCAGUUUGCCACGAACGUCCCUGUCGCCAAGAUUGCGGGGUUGUUUCGCGUCGCGGCCGACGAGCUCGAGGACAAGAUGACGACCCAAACAACGGUGACGGGUCGCGGCUCGAUCCUCCGCAUCAAGCUUUCGUGCGACCAAGCCGAGGUCGCCAAGCAAGCGUUAUGCAAGUAUCUCUACGGCGAGAUCUUCAACUACAUCAUCAGCCGCCUCAACGCCAUGUGCGGCGAGCACACCAAGCCUGGAAAGCACCCGUUCAUUGGCAUCCUCGACAUCUUUGGGUUCGAGAUCAUGCCCACCAACAGCUUCGAGCAGCUCUGCAUCAACUUUGCCAACGAGAUGCUCCAACAGCAGUUUAACCGCCACGUCUUUGUCCUCGAGCAGGAGCGGUAUGCGUCUGAAGGCAUCUCGGUCUCGGUCAUCGAGUUUCAAGACAACCAGGAAUGCUUGGACUUGAUCCAGAAAUCCCCCGCAGGAAUCUUUCCGCUUUUGGACGAGCAAAUCAUGCUCAAGCGCAAGACCACGGACCGCCAGUUGCUCAACAUCUAUCACCAGACGCAUCUGGACAAGCACCCGCACUACGCCAAGCCCCGAUUUGAGUCGGAUGAUUUCGUCAUCAAGCACUAUGCGGGCGACGUCACGUACUCGGUCCACGGGUUUGUGUCCAAGAACACGGACAAUCUCCACGAAGACUUGGUCGAGCUGCUUCGGACGAGCCAGUUGCCGGUGCUGAGCGCGAUCUUUGCACCUGCCCCGCAGCCGAUAUCGUUGCGGCACUGCGAGAGCAGUGGCACGCCGACACACCGGCGCCAAGUGAGCGUCGCCCUCGUCGGGUCCAACACGGUUGCGAGCAAGUUUCGAACACAACUCACGGGGCUCAUGGAGAUGCUUGGCAGCACGACGCCCCACUACAUCAAGUGCAUCAAGCCCAACAACAUCAAGUUUGCCGGCGGCUUUAGCUCGCAGCUCGUGCGCGAUCAGCUCGUCUACGGCGGCAUUCUGGAAGUCAUCAAGAUUCGACAGCAAGGGUACCCGAUCCGCCGACCCUUUAACGACUUUUAUCAAACGUUUGCGAUGCUGUUGCGCGGCCGACGUCGCGCCGAGGGACCGGCCACAGACACGAUCGAGCUUGUCCGGUCGAUCUGCGAGUCGUCGCUGCUGCCGAAUGCCUUCCAGAUUGGCAAGCGCGAGGUGUACCUGCGUUACGGGCAGCUCGAGCUGCUUCAGUCGGUCUUGACUGGUAUCAAGGGCGAGAUCGCAACCGUGCUGCAGUCCAAGUUUUGGCGUUGCCACUCGCUUCGCAGACGGUAUCAGCAACUUCGCACUCGCGUCAUUACGCUCCAAGCCAAGUGGCGUCAGCGAGCGGCCACCAAGUCGUACGCGGCCCUGCAGCACUAUACCCGCAAACUUCAGGCGAAUCGACGCUGCAAGACGCUUUUGCGCCUGUACGCGCGCAAACAAGCAGCCGCGAUCCGGCUGCAUGCGAUUGCUCGGGGCUUUGCCACUCGCCAGCGCCUGGUGCGGCAGGCCAAGAUGCAGACUGCCGCGAUUGCAAUCCAGCGUAUUGCACGAGGAUUUCUUCAGCGCACCAAGGCCGAGCGCGCGCUGCGCUGCCGCAUCAACAGCGCGGUGACCCUCCAAGCGCGCUUCCGGGGCUACCUCCAGCUCCGCCGCUUCCACCGCAUGUACGAGUCGGCCGUGACGAUCCAAGCGCUGUUCCGUGCGCAUCGCAACCGCCAGCAGUACCUCCGUGGCAAGGCUGCGAUGGUGGCGUCCCAAGCGCUCAUCCGCAAGAUUCUGCAGCGGAAGCGCUUCAUGCACCAGCGCCGCAUGGUCAUUCGUCUUCAAGCGUUUGCUCGCAUGGUGCCGCCGCGAGGUCGCUACAGUCGCCUGCGCACCGCAACGGUGCUCGUGCAAAGCUUACGCCGCGGCUACACCCAGCGGCGCCGGUACCUCGCGCAGCAGCACGCCCGUGCCACGUUGCGGUCGCACCUCGUCAUGUAUGUGCACAAGCGACGCUUCCGCGUGCUCCGUUGCAGCACAAUCCGCAUUCAGCGUGCGCUGCGUGUGUACUUGAGCCGUCGCGCGUAUAUUCACGCUCAGCGAAGUGUGCGCAAGCUCCAACGCACCGUGCGGGCCUAUUUGCGCCGUCGCCGUCUCGCCAUAAUGCUCCAGCACCUUCGCGACGCUUGUGUCCGGCGCGACGCGGAUGCUGUGAUCCUGGCGCUACGUCUCUCGCCCGAAUACAUUUACAUCCGACACAAGGCCGCCGAGAUGCGGUCGCUUCUUCACGUUGCCGCGUGCGCCGGCGACUUGAACGUCGUCAAGUACAUUUGCUUGCACGCCCUCGAGACGCUCCAUGCGCGCAACGCAGCGGGGCACAUGCCGCUUCAUGACGCGUGUCUGGCGUCGCGCUUGGACGUGGUCAAGUUUCUCGUUGCCUUCGCCGCCGAGAAGGCGCCCAUGGAUCCCGCCUUUGACGACGGCGACGAACGAGGCAUGACCGACAGCCGCCGUCUCCGCGAAGCGUCCAAGUCGUACAUUACGAGCGCGGUCGAUGCCAAUGGCGUCACGGUGCACACGGGGUUCCUCAAGAAGCGCCGCGAAGCUUCGCGCUGGUCCAAGCGCUUUGUGGCCCUUCGCAACACGCACAAUGUACCCGAACUGCACUAUUUCAAGUCGAAAUCGCAGACCAAGAGUGACAAGGUCCUCGACAUGCGCAAAGCGCUUUUCAAGAAAUGCGCCGACAUUCCGUUUGCGUUUGAAGUGCACUCGCCCGAGCUCCUCGAAGGACGCAACCGCGAGGGCCGACUUUACUUUCAGGCCGAGAGCGAACUCGAGCUCCAAAUGUGGCUCGCCUGCCUUCGCGACACCGUGCCCACAAGUCUCGAGCACCGGCUCUUUGCGAUGCAGCGUUCAAGCGCUAGCAUGCACUUUGUGAGUCGGUCGCAGCAGCAAGCGUGGUGCAACGUGCCGACGCGCGACGGCGAGAGUCCGCUGCACCUUGCGGUCCUUGGCAAGACGACAGCCGACCCGCGGGAUGCUGUGAAAGCCGCGUUGUGGUUCCUUGAGAACACGGCGUCGGUCGACAAGCUGCCAUCAUCGCGCAAGAAGUCACUUAAACAAGUGAUUCAAGAAACGAACCAAGUCCUCUCACCGCUUCUAAGCCCGACGACAAAGCUCGACUCGGCCGAAAUCGACGCCAUCAAGCUAGUGCUCUGGCUCGUCGAGCACGGUGCUGACAUGAACCGCAUCUCGAGCCUCGCCAAGAAGACACCACUCAAGCUUGCAAUCGAGCGCAACUACCACACGCUCGCCAAGUUUUUGCUGGAUCGGGGUGCAACGACGGCCGAGCUCUCGCCGUUCGAGCUCACUGUCGUCCAGUCGCUCAAAGCCGAGCUGGCCAAGAUUGUCGUCACGAGCGUUCAGUCGAGCGCGUCGAAGAAAGGCGAGACGCCCAUGGUCUUCCUCAUGAAGCAGCCCGGCCUCGUGCGCCACAGCUCGUACCUCUCGGUCUACGUCGAACAGAUCGGCUUGCCAAACGCCCAGCACCUCUCCCGUCCGCGCGUCAUUGUCUCCGUCUACGACGUAUCGAAAAACUUGAUUGAGAAGAAGCAGCUCGUGACGUGUCUGCCGCUGGCCCAAACGUCGCUGCUCUACUAUGGCUUUACCUGGUUCAUGCAGACGCCGUUCGAGAACCUCCCAUCUGGAGCGUUUAUCGUGUUCGAAGUCCAAGCCGCGUCCAAGCUCGCAGACGACAUGCCGAGCUCGCCCAAGUUCAACGAGACGCAGGACAUUUGCUGGACGUUCAUUCACAUUGACCAGCGCUCAACGACGACGUGCGCGCUCAACGCCGAAAUGUACGCGCACCCGGUCGACCUCAAGUUCAAGAAGCUCCAGCGCUUUGACGCGUUCAUCUCCGGCGACAUCUCGGUCCUCCACGGCUAAGACCUUCCUUCAUAUAUGAAUCUCUCUACGAUUUGCUUGCAUA